UAUUUCUCAGAAAUCUUUUCUGCUGAUUUGCUGUCGUUCUCAUGUACUUUCAGUCAUGUGUGAACAUUUUUUGCAACUUCCUGAGAACAUCAGAUAUAAAUGAUCAGAAACCGUUUCCUAACAACGAUAUUCGUGUCAGACAUUAGAUGUGAAGACAAAACGUCCACAGUAGAGGACUUUUUCACGUGUGGUCAUCCAACAUUCAAAGCUUUUACAAGGAAAAAUGGAAGAUUCCUACAUGAACACCUCAAGUGACCAAAGCUACAAUCACAGCAACUUCAGCUUCAACUCAGAUCAUGAAAACGUCUUCGAUUACAGCUAUGUUGAUGUAAUCGUAUAUGUGGUGGACUGGAUCAUCAUCGGUACUGGACUUCCUUUGACUCUAGUGGCCAUCGCUGCAGUUUAUUCUCUGGCACAAAAAGACCACGUUGCUCCAGUUUACAUCAUCAACCUUCUGGUUUCUGAUCUGGUUCAGCUCUGCUGUAUGACUGCAUGGAAGGCGGGAGAGUUUCAUGACAUCAUCAUUUACGUCUACUAUUAUGGUCUGAUGGCCAGUGCUGGAUUCAUGGUGUGCAUCUCCCUGGAAAGGUAUUUGAUGAUCACUCAGCCGCUGUGGUACAGAUUCAGACGAAACAUCAAGACGUCUGUGGCUGUUUGUGUCGUGGUCUGGAUCCUGCCUCUUGUUUAUGUUCUCCCUCUUUAUUUCAAUGUUGAUUUUCAGCUCAGAGAAGCCAUAUAUGCAGUCUACUUCCUCCUCCCCUUCCCCCUGUUCAUCUUCUGCCUGGUUGGGACCAUUAAAGCCCUGUCUGCAGCUCGCAGUGUCCCUGCUGAUGAAAAACGAAGAAUUGUGGCCAUUCUGGUUGUGUUGCUGCUGAUUUACACACUGCUGUUCCUGCCCAGUAUUAUGUGGUCCCUGGCAGAAGAAGCUAGAAAUAACCAGAUUUUUGACGUCACAUCUUUUACCUUACUUUAUAUCAGUCCUCUUACAGACCUGAUGUUGUACAUUUUCAUCAGGAAAGGAGUCGUAGACAAGCUUUUGGCCUCUUUGUCUUGUUGUAAAAUGUCAAGCGAUCAGCAGAUGAUCAGCAUGAGUAAUGACAUGUCAGCUUCAUAUAGUCAGACUAUGUAGAUUUUACAACUUUAAUUCCAAAAAAAGUUGGGAUGUUGUAUAAAAUGUAAAUAAAUUAACAGAAUGCAAUGGUUUGUGAAUCUUAUACACUUGCAUUUGGAGCAUUUCAGAGAAGCAGAGACUCUCAGAUGUAAAAAUGGACACAGGUUCACCAAUCUGAGACAAACUGCAUCAAACAGUUGUGGAACAAUUUCAGAAAAAUUUUCCUCAGUGGAACAUUGUGAAGACUUUGAAGAUCCCACAAUCUACAGAGUAUAAUAUCAAAAGAUUCUGAGAAUCAGGAGGAAUCUCUGUUCACAAAGGGGUAAGACCAACGGUCAAACAUGGGUGCUGGUGAUCUUCGGAUCCUCAGGCAGCACUGCAUUAAAAACAGACAUGAUUCUCUACUGGAAACCACUGCAUGGUCUCAGGAAAACUUUCUGGGUACACAAUUCAAGUUUGUUUCAAGGUGCUUCAAUUCGAUCAUUAAACAAUGAUUAGAAAUUUUAAUGCAUCUUUUUACCCAUUCAGACAUUUCUCACUCUGCAGCAACUUCGUACUUUCAUCUGUUCAGUAUCCAUUAAUUCAAGUAACCAAACAAACUUAUAUCCACGUCUUUUUAUUUAUGUCAAACCAAAAAUAAAUCCAACAAAUAUCCAACAUAAAUUUCAUAUUAUGUUUAUAUUUUUACAUGGAAUCUAAAGGAAAAAUGUGUUAGCAUUGUCAGAGUAGCUAGCCUUGCUUAAUGUGCAUUCAUAGCACAGAAAACUGCAAAUGAUCCAUCAAUCAAUGUGCCUGCGCCACGCCACAGAGGACCAGGUCCCUCGUAUUUGUCAGAACUGCUGCAGCAGCAUGCUCCAGCCACGGCUCUGAGGUCUUCUACCAGCUCCUUCUGAAGGUCUCGUCUUCUAGGCUCAAAUCAAAAUCAGAAUCAGAAUCAGAAUACUUUAUUAAUCCCUUUGGAAUUCCUCAGGGAAAUUUGUGUUUCCAGUACAACCCGUCCAAGACUAGACAAUAACAACAUAUAACACAAACAGGAUCAGGGGUGACAAAGUUUUUUUUGUUGCUACUACAAAGUUAUGGAACAGUUUUCCAUUUCACAUUAGAGCUGCCCAAUCUGUUUGUGGUUUUAAAUCCUUACUCAUGACCCACUUUGCACUGGCUUUCGAACAUAGCUGAGCUUGACAUUUGCUUGUUUUUACUUUUUAUUCCAGUUUUAUGUCAUUUGUUUUUUAAGAUUUUCUAUGGUUUAUUGUUUUACUGUGUAGUGCUUUAUGUCAUAGUUUUUUUUUUUUUUAUUGUUCAUCCCUCUGGGUAACUGGAGUUGCAGUAAAAGUACUAAAAAAAAAAACAAAAAAAAACGUGAAUGUGAACAUGAAUUCAGCACCAUUGACUGCUCAGAAAUUGUGUUGGCAUACAGUGGACUGUGAAGCUACAAGUUAGUUUAGUGCAUUAUAUUGCAUAAUAACUGUACAUUGCUCAAGUGCAUCUCUUGAACGACUGAACUUGAGGGGUUAAAAACUCAGAUGAAGUGUGUAGAACUGUACUUAUAAUACAUUUUUGUCUGUUAAACUGUUUGCAAGUGUGAUUGUAGUGUUGUUAAAAAAUGUAUUGCAAUUUGUAUUCUCCCAAAUUGCAUGAAAUUGAACAUGUAAUGAUUAACUCUGAAAUUACUAUUGCUAAAUAAAAUAUUAUAUAUUAUUGUAGCUUAUCUACCUACAGGAAACAGCUAUGCUGUUUUGAUAAGUCGUUGCUAUA